AGCACGUGGGGGUGUGCUGCAAUUGACAGCAGAGCUACGUAGUACAGUGUGUGGGAACUCAGGAGACGGUUUUCCGUGCGUGUUGUGUUGAGUACCAGCAAUGGCCCUGUUGAAAUCUAGCAAGAUCAUCUCUACCGUCGGGGUACACCCUCCGUUGGGUGCGCUCUCCAUUCGUGCCAGCUCAUGGUGGUCCGAGGUGCAGAUGGGUCCCCCUGACCCCAUCCUGGGGGUGUCAGAGGCCUACAAGCGUGACACCAACCCUAAGAAGAUGAAUCUGGGUGUAGGAGCAUACCGUGAUGACCAGGGCAAACCAUAUGUCCUCAGCUGUGUUCGCAAGGCUGAAGCUCAGAUUGCUGCAAAGAAGCUGGACAAAGAAUACCUGGCUAUUGGUGGUCUGGGGGACUUUACCAAGGCAUGCGCCAAGCUGGCUUUGGGAGACAACAAUGAGGUUAUCAAGAGUGGCAGGAACAUCACUGUCCAAACAAUUUCUGGAACUGGGUCCUUGAGAAUCGGAGCCAACUUCCUGUCCCGUUUCCAUACAGAGGCCCGGGAUGUGUACCUGCCCAAGCCCUCCUGGGGGAACCAUACACCCAUCUUCAGAGACGCAGGGAUGCAACUGAAGGCCUACACCUACUAUGACCCAAAGACCUGUGGCUUUGACUUCCAGGGAGCCCUGAAUGACAUCUCUAAAAUACCUGAGAAAAGUAUCAUCAUGCUUCAUGCCUGUGCCCACAACCCCACAGGAGUGGACCCUCGGCCAGAGCAGUGGAAGGAGAUUGCUAACCUGGUGAAGAAAAGGAACCUCCUAGUGUUCUUUGACAUGGCCUACCAGGGCUUUGCUAGUGGUGAUAUUGACCGUGAUGCCUGGGCUGUCCGUUAUUUCAUUGAGCAAGGCCACAACAUUGUGCUCUCUCAGUCCUUUGCUAAGAACAUGGGUCUCUAUGGUGAGCGUGUUGGGGGCUUCACUGUCGUGUGUAAGGAUGCUGAGGAGGCCAAGCGUGUGGAGUCCCAGCUGAAGAUCCUCAUUCGGCCCAUCUACUCCAACCCUCCCAUGAACGGGGCGCGCAUCGCUGCCACCAUCCUCAAUACACCAGACCUGUACAAAGAGUGGCUGGGGGAGGUGCAUGGCAUGGCUAACCGCAUCAUCACAAUGAGGGAGCUGUUAGUGGCCAACCUGAAGAAGGAGGGCUCCACUCAGAACUGGCAGCACGUCAUUGAUCAGAUUGGCAUGUUCUGCUUCACAGGGCUGAAGCCUGAACAGGUGGCGCGCCUCACAAAGGAGUUCUCCGUCUACAUGACAAAGGAUGGGCGUAUCUCCAUGGCUGGCGUCACCUCUGGCAAUGUGGGUUACCUUGCACAAGGUAUCCAUGCAGUGACCAAGUGAGAUUGCUAACCAGGAGUCACACCGUAGUCACCACCAGAGGAAGGAGGGGCGGUAGCGUCAGACAGGAAAAACAAAACAACUUAUGUAAAUGAACCCUCUCCUCUGCUUUCCUUUAGGGAAAGAAUCAAACAUAAUAAGAUACCAUAGGGUUAUUUUAUUUUGAAUUUUCUUUUGGCAUUGUCUAGAUAUUGUAUGUUGGACUAUCUGUGACUAGGUUUUUAAUGUGUGGUUCCCUGAAAAUAUCCAUGGAAUUCUUGAAUCUUUUUUUUUUUUACCCUCCCUCAGACAUGCAUGCUGUGGUCAUGAGCUCAACAUAUCUUGUGUAAGUCAUACUUGACGAUGAAAACUAACAAGCACAAUAUCACUGUUUGGAAUCAUGUCUUAUAUUGCAGCAUGUCCUCUCACUUGGCCUGAGCACACCCUGUCUCUAAGAACUGUGCUCAACUAUUGGCUGUGAUAUGGAACACCAAAGUAAUAAUGGUUAAGACAUUUUUCUAGAAAAUUCUUUACUAAAAAUACUGUCUCUUUAAGGUAAUUGUAUUGAAAUGUGCGUCUAAUUUAUUAAGGAUUCAUUUACAAAACCUUUUUCAAAAAAGAUGUCAGGUGCUGCAAACUUUUGUUUCAACUUUAAUGCCAGUGGAACCUUUCUAGGUGAUGGUACUGGGGUCAUGGCACUUGUUUUAUGUGGGAUGAUAUGUGCUGCAUGGAGUCCCUGGUUGUGAUGAUCCGCCAGCCACAAUGUGUUAGGAAUGUUAUUUUGCUGUUGUAACGGAAGAGCACUGUCUAACAAUCAACAACUGCCACAUCUCCCAUGGAUACUGUACCAUUUAAUUAAACAGAUGAUUUAUAUACACUACCGUUCAAAAGUUUUUUUUGUCCACUAAAAUAACAUCAAAUUGAUCAGACAUACAAUGUAGACAUUGUUAGGGUUGUAAAUAACUAUUGUAGCUGGAAACGGCUGAUUUUUAAUGGUAUAUCUACAUAGGUGUACAGAGGCCCAUUAUCAGCAACCAUUACUCCUCUGUCCAGUGUCUGUUCUUUUGCCCAUCUUAUAAUUUUAUUUUUAUUGGCCAGUCUGAGAUAUGGCUUUUUCUUUGCAACUCUGCCUAGAAGGCCAGGAUCCCGAAGUCGUCUCAAUGUCAACAAUGAAGAGGCGUGUUUUGCGGGUACUAUUUAAUGAAGCUGCCAGUUGACUUGUGAGGCAUCUGUUUCUUAAACUAGACGCUAACGUACUUGUCCUCUUGCUCAGUUGUGCACCGGGGCCUCCCAUUCCUGUUUCUAUUCUGGUUAGAGACCGUUUGUGCUGUUAAGUGAAGGGAGAAGUACACAGCGUUGUACGAGAUCUUCAGUUUCUUGGCAAUUUCUCACAUGGAAUAGCCUUCAUUUCUCAGAACAAGAAUAGACUGACGAGUUUCAGAAGAAAGUCUUUGUUUCUGGACAUUUUGAGCCUCUAAUCAAACCCACAAAUGCUGAUGCUCCAGAUACUCAACUAGUCUAACGAAGGCUCAUUUUAUUGCUUCUUUAAUGAGAACAACAGUUUUCAGCUGUGCGCACAUGAUUGCAAAAGGUUUUUCUAAUGAUCAAUUAGCCUUUUAAAAUAAUAAACUUGGAUUAGCUAACACAACGUGCCAUUGGAACACAGGAGUGAUGGUUGCUGAUAAUGGGCCUCUGUACACCUACGUAGAUAUUCCAUACAAAAUCUGCUGUUUCCAGCUACAAAAGUCAUUUACAACAUUAACCAUGUCUACACUGGAUUUCUGAUCAUUUUGAUGUUAUUUUAAUGGACAAAAAACAUGUUAUUGAAAGAAAACACAAGUACAUUUCUAAGUGAGCCCAAACUUUUGAACGGUAGUGUGUGUAAUGUAUACUGUAUGAACUCUUGACUCAAUUUCAGGAGCAUGAAAGGUGUUUUGUUGCUUGCACAUUGCCGUUUACUCCCAUGCCCCCUGAUUUUCAGUGUGUACUGCCCUCUGACUUUCAGUGGUGUACUGUACAUCACAGGCUGCUGGUGGCACCUUAAUUGGUGAGGACGGGCUCAUAGUCAUCACUAGAACAGAAUAAAUGAAAUGGUAUCGAAUGCAGCAAACAUGUUUUCUAUGUUUGAUUCCAUUUCAUUCACUCCAUUCCAGCCAUUAUUAUGAGCCGUCCUCCCCUCAGCAGCCUCCUGUGGUGUAUGUUUCUGAGGGGCCAUGGAAAGCACAGUUCAGGCGCCCUGUAACACACUUUCCCUCAAAGCCAAGCACUGGUUUUUACUUUGUGUUGUGAAAGAACAAGAUUAAUGGUGGACUCCACCUUGUACAUUAUGGAAUGCAGGGUCACAAAUGUUCUAAAGCAUGUCAGUAGAAGCUUUGAAUGGGUUUUCAAUCACCUGCUCUGAGGUUCCAGGACUGACACCAUGUGGUCUCAGGAGUUAGAAUUAUUUUAUUUUGCACAUUAGGUGGAAGCAUCUGUUUCUGUUCCGAAUUAGACACAGAUUUUUAACUACUGUACCCCUGAUCUUUUUCUGGCCAACAUCACUAUCCACAUCUGUUUCAUAGAUUCAUUAAAUCAAAGUUAAUUUGAAUGGUACAAAUCUGAUCAUCGUGAUUGUGCACUGUAAUCUUCUGAGUUUCUCAGAUUUCGGUAAUGUCAGACCAGUGUAAGUUCUCUGUAAAAUAAAAAUGGUUGCGCAGUU